AUGACACCAGAAGAGACGAUCACCCUGAUCAAGGCUAACCUGGCCGAAGUUCUAAACCCCGAGAUAAUCGACAAUGUGAUCCUCAGGGAAAACAGACCUCUCCGGGUCUACUGGGGAACCGCCCCAACAGGAAAACCACACUGCGGUUACUUCGUGCCUAUGGUAAAGAUCGCCGAGCUCCUCCACGCAGGGCGCCACGUCAAGAUCCUCCUCGCCUACAAGCACGCACAUAUGGACAGCCACACGCCGCUCGAAACGAUCAAGCACCGCUGUGAAUAUUACAGACUCCUCAUCAGGAGCUCUCUCAAAGCUAUCGGCGUGGAUGUCUCCAAGCUCGAGUUUGUAGUCGGAAGCUCAUUCCAAGACAGCAAAGAGUACCAGGACGACCGCUUUCGAUUCUCUAAUAAUGUCACUGUAACACAGCUAAUCAAAGCUGGGUCAGAAGUCGUCAAGCAGGGCGAGAAUCCGACGCUGGGUAGUGUGGAGUAUCCCAUCUGGCAAAGCCUCGACGAGGAGUACCUCGAUGUCGACGCGGAACUGGGUGGAGUCGAUCAGCGUAAAUUGUUUACCUUCGCCAUCGACCAUAUGCCAAAGCUUAGCUACAAAGUGCGAGCACAUUUAAUGAACGCCAUGGUUCCCGGUCUUGGAGAGGCACAGAAGAUGAGUUCAAGCGAACCAAGCUCCAAGAUCAACCUUCUCGAUACCCCUGAAGAAGUCACCAAAAAGCUCAGAAAGGCUGUAUGCGCCCCGAAGCAGGUUGAAGGAAAUGGCGUUAUUGCGUUUAUAGAGAAUGUCAUUUUUCGCGUGGAGUCACUGAAAACUGGUGGUAAGCCAAGGUUCACGGUUGAAAUACGUGAUGGUGGUACUUUGGUCUACGAGGAUAUUUCCAAGCUCAAAGAGGAUUACGCCAGCGAUGAUUUGACACCGCAGAUGGUCAAACCCGCGCUGAUCCAGAGGCUUAAUAAUCUUCUAGAUCCCAUCCGGAAAGACUUUGAGGCUGAUAAUGAGUGGCAACGCAUCGCCGAGCUGGCUUACCCAGUUCGAGUGAAGCCUGAGAAAGCGAACAAGGUGAAAAGCAAUGGCAAGAGAUCUAAAGAGCCGAGUAUUCGGAAAGCAGAUGAUUUGCCGUAA